UCAAGAGUGGAUAUAUAUCCAAGAAACUGGAAGACCUUAGUGCAGAAUAAGAAUUCGGUUGUACUUCUCUGCAAAAAAAAAUUAUACGUAAAAUUGGACCAUGCAAGAGCCAAAAUAUUUUACCCUUGCACUCUUUGUCAUAUUAUAUGUAAUAGGGACAGCAUCAUCUUUUAGUAUUGGCACUCUUGUUGUGGGUGGAGUUUCUAGUUCUAAGGCCGAGUUUCCCUUCAUAGUUAGUAUCAGAGCAAAUAACCGUCACAUUUGCGGUGGUACAAUACUUGACUCAGAAUGGAUUGUGACCGCGGCACAUUGCGCUGUAUAUUCCAUGUCGACAUACACAAUUGUUGCGGGAGAACACAACUUGAACGUGGCCGAGGGGACAGAACAGGAAAGGAAAUUGUCCAGAAUAAUUUCUCAUGAGAAUUAUAACUCAGACUCCAUGGCGAACGACAUUGCACUUAUGAAAGUAACGCCUCGUUUCAACUUUAAUGUAAAUGUCCAACCUGCUACGAUUGCAACCAAAGACUUUGUUGUACCAUCGACCACAAUUGUCGCGGGUUGGGGUUACACAAAAGAAGGGGGAGGUUUGCCAAAUAUACUGCAAAAAGUCACAGUUCCCGUCGUGCCAAAUGCGCAGUGUCGGAAAGAUUACUCCAACCUUGGCUGGAUGAUAACGGAUUCAACAAUUUGUGCAGGGGCGGCUGGAAAGGAUUCUUGUAACGGAGAUAGUGGAGGUGGACUAUUCAGCAAUGUCAACAAUAAGAAAAUUUUGUGCGGCAUCGUGUCUUGGGGCAUAGGUUGUGCAAGGCCAAACCUUCCUGGAGUUUAUUCAAGAGUCAGUUCUCACCUAGAUUGGAUUAAAAAUAAUAAGAAACGAUAAACCAAGAACAAUAUAUGUAUGUUGAAAAUGUCAUGUCUAAAGUUUUUCAAAGUCAGGAUUAUUAAUUGUUGUGAGAAAAUAAAUCACGGUAAACUAGAGUUUUAUUUCAAUUAAUUAAGUAAUUAAAAACCGUUAACUGUC